UUGGGAUCGAAUUAACUUACAAUGAUAAGAACGUCUCAUCCUAACAAGAAACUAACAGAAAUAAUACAGCAUUUGGGAAAAGAAAAAACAAUCUCUGUCGAGUUGAAUCCAUACAAAACAAUCGAUUAUAACAUUCUAACCAGAAUUAAUCCCAGUUUUUGUUCAGUAACUUGGAUAGCCAACCGCAAUGAUCCCAAAAACCCAAGGUUAUUGCCACCUAUUAUGGUCGCCAAAGAUCUGAUAAGAAAAGGAUACGUUGUGCUUGUUCAUAUUCCCGGAAUUUUUUAUACGCGGGACAGAAUGAGAAAUAUUUUGCUGGUCUUGAAAGAAAUCGGUGUACGCAAUAUAUUCGCAAUGCGAGGUGGAGGACCCUGGUUGAAAAUAGAUCAUUGCGAUUUUCCCUUCGCUCAGGAUUUCAUAGAGUUCAUAAGUAGCGAGUUCGGCAACUAUUUCGAAAUAGUCAUUGCAGGAUUUCCUCACAUUCACCCAGCUACCGGAUCGAUGGAAAACGAGAUGUUUUUCCUCAGACAAAAAGUUGAAGCUGGAGCAAGUUUGAUUUUCACCCAAGCUUGCAUGUCCCCACAGAGGUACUUGAACUAUAGGAGGAUCUGCACUGAAUAUGCGAUAGAUAUCCCGAUUAUCUUCGGAUUGCUCAUGUUCAGAUCUUACAAUGAUUUCGUAAGGGUUAAACGAAUGUGUUGCUUCAUCGAUAAAAGUGUCUAUAGAGCUGCUCUACAAGCCAAGAGAUCCCGCCAGAGUAAGCAGCAUGGAAGAAAGUGGACGAAUUAUCUCAUAAGGGAGUUACUCAAGAGUGACUUAACUGUAGGAGUUCACAUAUUCACACAAAAUUUCUUUGAGUUAGCUAAUAAUAUUUUAAUUGAAAGCGAGGCUAAUAAAUGUAAGGCUGACUUGAAAAAGAGACGGAAGCCAUCAUCCGUUCCAUUUUCAAAUUACACUUCUACUUCUAGUUCCUGAUUUUUCAGGAAAAUAUUAGUUUAUAUUCAUGCAUUAGGUGUGAAAUAAGGUGAAUAUUAUAUUUGGAAUAUUUAUAUUUUCGGUGUAAUCCAUCCGUUCAACAUGUAUAACAAUUAACUUUUAUUAUAUAUUUAUUGUAUCAAU